AUGUCAACUUUGACUGUUUACAUAAAAUCUUGCCAGGUGCGAGACAAGCUAAAUUACUUCAUAGUAGCCCAAUUAGAUGAAAUAGAAUAUCCUGAUAAGUAAAAAACUUCACAGAAAUUCAGAACUGACCUUGCCCAUUACACAGAAUACUUGAGAUUUCAGAAGAACAUAUUUAAGUUUGACAAUUUAUCACUAGGUAACAGACUGGUUAUUAAAUUUGGAUGCUUUUCAGCUGCACCUGACAUAGAUGUAAAUGACACUGGUUCACUAUUGGUAAUCUAAUUCUUAUUAAUAGCCUAAAUGUAGAAAAAUUCUAAGCUCUAUGCUUCAGGAUCAUAUGUUCUGUCCUAAAAUUUUAUAACUAUGUUGAGGAAAGAUAAGGUCCUAGAAAAAGAUAUGAGUCUCUAUGAUUAGGACAGCGUUAAGGAGAUGGGACACUUAAAUCUGGUAUUCAAGCUUAGAAUAGAUAACUUUGAAGAUUAAAUCUACGAGGACAACAGAGAGAUAGAAAAGGUAUACUAUGAUCCUUUCAACUCAAAUGAAUACGAGAUCUAAAAGAACUUAGAGAAAGUUUAAGGCUUAGUUAUGAAAAAGCAUGAUGUAAUGGAGACAAAGAUGAAACAGAUGGAUUAAAGGAAUGCUGCUUUAAGGACUCUGGCAGUUGAUCUUACUUACUUGAGAAAAACAAAUGAUGAUCUUAUUAAUGUAGAUGAAGUUCAUAUAGAAAUAGACGUUUUGGCUUAGACACCUUAGGGAAUCAACACUUUGAAGGAGAGAUAUGUUAAACUAAUGAAUCGAUUUGAACUUGAAAGAAAGCGUUACGAUGCUCUAGAGAAAGAGUAUUUCAAGAUUGAGCCGUCGCUAUAGCAAAUUAAGAAGCUCAAAACAUAAAUAGAAGAGGUAUAGAGAGCAAGUGAAGAUUUGGAAUUUCAUUUGGCUAGAUAUAAAGACCUAGCAAAUAGAAUUAAAGCUUAAAAAGAAACGAUUUUGAGUCAGGAAGAGAUUAUAUAAAAUCUUGCUCAUUCAGUAAAAGCAUAGGUUAAAGAUGGUCCUUAGUAAUCAAAGGAACUUGAUAUAAGACUGAAUGACUUCAGAUAUAAAAGGGAGAGGUUAAUGGAAAGACUUAAAUAGCUCAAGCUACUAAUGAAAAUGAACGAUGGCCAGCUUCCAAGAGAGUACUUAUUAAAAAUCUAAGAUGAAGAAGUAAAGGAGUACAGCGAGGAGGUGACCAGAUUAAGGAAAUACGAGGAUGAGUUACUGACUAUGAUUUAAGAGACUACUAAGUAGCUUGAUGCUCUGGGGCCAUUGAAAAAUAAGCAGAAUAAAUUCUAUAGAAGUACCUCAAACUUCGACUCUUAUGGGUACGGAGAAUGGAACAAGGAGAAGGAGGGACUGGACACUCAACUGAGAUACUUAUAAAACAAGGCUUUCAACUUAGAGAGGGAGCAGCAACUUAAAUCGUAGGCUCAGGCUAAACAUGUGGCUGAACUUAGAUAUCAAAUAACCUUAGCAUAGUAGAAAAUUGAUGAAAAGGCUACGCUUAAUUAUUGA